AUGUCAAUACUCAGUAUUAUCAUUUUCAUAUUAAUUUAUGUUUCAUCUGUACCUAUCUCUAAUUUCACUAAGCCAACAACACUUCCUAAAUAUUUUGCAAUUGAUAUUGAUGGUACAUUCUUCAUAAAUGAUCAAACAAAAUUCCAAAGGAACGUAGAGGCUUUCAAAAAACUAAAACAAAAGAACGUUACCGCAUUCUUCUGUACAGGGAGGGAUACGCAUUGUACAAAAAAUUUAUUAGGAGAUUCAUUUUUCAAUGAUACAGGAUACAAUUGUUUUCCAGGAGUUUAUUCCAAUGGAGCACUAGUUUAUGGCUCUGAUGGGAAUUUAAUAUCAGAAUUAAAGUUUGAGGUUGCGAUUCUAGAAAAAUUCAUUAAAUACAUUGAAGACAAUCAACUUAAGGAUAAAGCAAUAUAUCUGACUAAAGAAGGUUUUUACUCAUUUGAAUCAUUAUUUGAUAAUGGCAAACAAGUUUUGAAUACUUUGAAGUUUAAAGAACCAACAAUAGUUACAAAGGACGAAUUAAAACAAAAAAAUGUUGUAUCAAUAUUAAUAUUCAAAGAUAAUUUGGAUGAUUGUGAUUUUAAAAAUGAAGUAUAUAAGAUUGUAUACAAAAAAUAUAAUUACAUCCAAAUAACACCUUCUAAAAGCAACAAAAAAGAAGGUCUUAAAAAACUGUUGGAAAAUAUGGGCUCAAACGAAAAUGAGUGUGCAUUUAUUGGUGAUGAUUUGAACGAUGCAGAGGUCAUGGAAUACUGUUAUCUUUCAUUUGCAGUUGCUGAUUCAAUUGAUGAGGUUAAAAAUAAAGCCAAGUGGUUAUUAGAUAAAAAACAUGAUGAAUGUGCAUUUGAAAAUGUAGUUAAACUAUUGUAUGAUGAUUAA